AUGUCGAAGCAAGCUUUGGAAGGUCACCAAGAGAGGAUGGGAUGCGAGCCUUACAAGCUUCCCAGCGAGCGCGCGCCUUCGAAAUAUCGCGAUUUGGAGUCGGAAGCUUCUCGUCUGCUGAAGCGCCAAAGCAACACCGCUGCGGUUUUGAAGUAUCGGCACACUCUUGAUGGAGAACGAGCUAUCUUCAGAACACGGCAUAUGGCAAAGUAUUGCAUCAUGGCUCGCAACGCAAUCCUCGCUCCACCCAUGCCAAAGGCACCAGCGUACGUGCGACCGCCCCUGUCGUGGCUCAUCGCGGAUGCCGAGCUUCUUCCGAGCAAAGCUUGGGAGAUGUUCGAUCGCGGCGAGAUCGUAUUACACCACAAGACUUGGUCAUUGCACUUCCACCCCGACAAGGUUGAGGAGGCGAGAGCAAAGACCCUUCAACAAUUCGUCGACCAUUUUGCAAGCUCCACGAUUGGCGGCUUAAACCGAGACGAGACGAUGGCUCGCUACUCUACGGAGCUCUUCGGCCCUCUGUACGACAGGCGCUUUAAACCCGGCUUCAUCGCCCAAAAGUCUGGCGGCAUGCCGUGGAGGGAAUGGAUGAAGGAAGAAUGCGCACUCAUCGAUGAGUACCGCAGAUAUCUACAAGACUUUGGAAGAUAUAAGAGGGAACUAGAGCGCGCGCAUCGAGAGCUAGAAGAGUCCCGGAGGAGAUGGAUCGAGGAAAACCUUGAGCGCAGGUUCAAGAACUCCAACGCGUACAAGCGAUACAUAGCGCAAGAUACGAACUAG